AUGGAGACGUUUGCCAGCCUCCCGGAGCUGGAGAAGCUCUCUCUGCGCAGGUGUCCGUUGACUGGCCUUGUUUUAAAGGCUCCCAAGCUUAGAGUUCUUGAAAUCCUUGAUUCUUGUAGUGUUAUCCAAGAGAUCUCUGCUCCGUUGCUUACCUUGUUUCGAUAUCAGGGCUUUUCACCUUUGGAAUGUUUGAACAUGAAUCUCCCAUUGUUGGAACAAGUCUAUGUAGACAUUUAUGGUUUUGAUGACAAUGUGAAAGAGUUGCAUCGGAUGCUUCAACAACUUGGAAAUGCAACCACUGUUCUUGAACUGGAUGGUGGUCCGAUUGAGCAAAGUCCUCCUCCAUUUCCGAACCUCAAAUGUCUCAAGGUGAUGAAAGGACGUUACAAAAUUCGUACCGUGCGUCAAAACAUAAUGAACUAUUUGACAAUCGGGACUUUGUAUUUUGAGACGUUGAAGGUGGAGUUUCCUGAUGGUGUGACUGUGGUGAAAAUGAUUGAGGCUAAAGGUUGCCCCACUCCUAGGUGUCAAGUUGUGAACUCAUCAUCUGAAACAAUGGAGGAAGACAGAAUCAGCCAACUCCCAAAUGAAAUUCUCCAACACAUACUCUCCUUUAUCGACACCUAUGAAGCCGUUGAAACAAGCAUUCUCUCCAAGAGAUGGAAAUACCUCUGGCGUUCCCUCCCCUCCCUCCGCCUCCACCUCAACCUCGUCGUCUCCUCCGACUUCGUCUCCCACUUCCUCUCCCACCGUGACCCCACAGCCGCCGUCCAUGACUUCCACCUCUCCCUCGACACCACAAUCCAGCUCAACCUCGACACGGCAUUCGUGGAGGAAUGCGUGCUCUAUGCCAUCAACCACGGCGUUCAGUACCUCCGCCUCAACAUGCUCCGCCACAACGAGCCAUUUCUCGGGCUUCCCGCCCUACUCCUCGCCUCUGAGACGCUGCGGGAGCUCGAGCUCAGGCAGUUGCACUUCAUGUGGAUUUAUUUACCAGGAAGGCUUUCUUUACCAAAUUUGAAAACACUUUAUCUUGAAAGGGUUUUGCUCUUCGACGAUCAUUGUUCCCGGGAUUACGUGAUGGAGCCGUUCACCGGCCUCCCGGAGCUGGAGAAGCUCUACCUAUGCGAAUAUCCGAUCAUUGGCCUUGUUUUAAGGGCUCCGAAGCUUAGAGUUCUUGAAAUCGUUCAAUAUUCUUUCGAACUUUUAAAAGUUGUAGAAGAGAUUUCAGCUCCGUUGCUUACCUCAUUUAGAUACGAGGGACAUUUGCCUUUGGAAUGUUCAAAGAUGAAUCUCCCCAUGUUGGAGAAAGUCUAUUUAGACAUUCAUCAUAUUAGUUACCACGUGAAGGGGAUGCAUUUAAAUUGUGUUAGGAUGCUUCAACAACUUGGACAUGCUACCAUUGUUUCAUUGACUUUGGACAUUGUUUCAUUGACUUUGGACUCUCAAGGUUCUUGAACUGGAUGGUGGUCCCAUUGAGCAAAGUCCUUCACCAUUUCCCAACCUCAAAUGUCUCAAGUUGGUGGAAGGACGUCGCAAAAUUCGUACAGUGCUUCAAAGAGUAAUGAACUACUUGACAGUGGGAACUUUGUAUUUUGGGUCGAUGAUUGUGGAGUUUCCUAAUGAUGUGGUUGUGGUUGAACAGAAUUCCGAAUAUAUGUCCGACGAGGAAGACACCGAUUAUAAUUGGGGAUUUGAUCAUCUAUUCCGAAAUUGAAAUGUUGACAUGU